CGAAGUUGUCACUUAGAAUUCUUUCCUAUCACACGCCCGGGACACAAGGAGGAAUUAAAACUUCAGUUGGUUUCUUUUUUUAGGCGUUGUUGCUAGCACGUGCAGUUGGUUCGUGUCUCUGCUGACUUUAAUUUUGCGCUCUGAGCGCUCAGAAAAGUUUGUGGAGUGGAAGCGAAUACUGCUGUGAAGUCCGAUACUAUUAAUUGGUUUCGAGUGACUAGAAAGCGUGACCAACAUGGCCGACAGUCUUCUCCUCAAUUUCGACGACAACACCGCCCCCGCCCCGCCCCCUCAGCCCACUACACCUGCAGCAGACCAGUUGCUCUUUGACCCCAUUCAGUCGUCAGCACCAGCAGCAGCAACAACAGCAGCAACAGCAGCACCACCUGCAGAACAGCUGCUGUUUGACCCGGUCUCCCCAUCAACACCAGCAGCCCCAGUAGCCCCAGUAGCCGCAGCAGCAGCAACAACACCAACAGCAACACCAGUAGAUCAGCCACUGUUUGAAGCAGCACCCCCUACAGCAACAACAGCAGCACCAGUAGCACCACUGGCGUCACCAACAGAAGCAGUACCAGCGACUAGUACUUCCACUCCCCAAGGUGGUGUGCACGUACACAGAUGGCAAGCUGGUGCAGCAGAUGACCCCUCUGGACGCCGGCUGGACCAAGGUGCAGGAGGUGGAGAGGAGCAUCAACGAGAACGGCGAGCACGUUGUGAUUUUCACCGCUGGAAGCGCUGUCUGCAGACGAUACUUUACGAAACUUCCGGAACUAGGUAUCACCCCACCACCCGUCAGCCAACCAGAAUCCUCGUAAAAGUCAGCUGACCAAAGCCACCAAUCAGUGCUCAUCGUUCCUAUUAAUCACUCUGAUUGAAUAAACGUUAUACAAGUAUAAAUAUAUUUAAUUACCAGUUUCAUUGAAGAUGGCAUAGACUACUUCAAGAUGGUUCACUUUCUAAAAAUGGGACGUCGGCCACCUAAACGCAAUAAUAAUAAUUUUAUUAGUGUAUUUAAGUACUGUGUUUAUCAAGGAUUGCAUGGACUACUACUACCACAAGAUGGUUCGCGCACUAACAUGUGGUCUUCAGCCUCCUAAACACAAUAAUAAUCAUGUCGCCACGGGCUCUAGUGGAAACUCUCUGUUUCGUUUCUCAAGCAGAGGUUCUUUUUUAACAAUCUGUACUUAUGACUCUUCAUAAAAUAGUAUCUGCAUACAAUAACAUUAAUGUACCCACCCAUAGUCAAAAUAGUAUCUUGCGUACAAUAUCAUUAAUGUAACUGCACAUGUUUUAAACAGUAUCCUGUAUACAUUGACAUUAAUGUUCCCCCUUACGUUUUUAACAGUCUAAUGGGUGAGUGAACCAUCUUGAGGUGUAUGUAUAUGACGAUACUUCUGAGGAAGAACCCGUUUAAGUAUGUCAUUCUUGCUUCUACAAAUUGGCGUGCAUGUUUUGAACGCAGUGUUUAAUAAUAAAACGACAAUCCAUCAAUUUAUUUAUCUCAUUCUACUUACUUGCUGUCCCACCCAUCUAUCUCGGUAUUGUCGUUCCAGCCUCUGAGGGCACGGGUGGGCGUUUGUUCAUGUGUAUCUAUACUACUGUGCUAUUGCAAGGGAGGGGGGCUGAAGGAAAGUAUUUUUAAGGUAGGGGUGGACGCUACAGAGAGAGA